AUGAACAGUAACUUCUGCCGGGCCGUUGUGGACUGCGGGGCUCCCAGCGGCAUGCAGUUGGGUGUCGUGGCCCCUGCAGGACAGACGCCGCUAGCAGCCACCGAGCCCCUGGGCAACGUGCCCUUCUUACUGUACCCGGGCCACGCCGAGCCGCCUUACUACGACGCCUACGCUGGAGUGUUCCCCUACGUGCCCUUCCCCGGCGCCUUUGGGGUCUACGACUACCCGUUCGAACCCGCCUUUAUCCAGAAGCGCAAUGAACGUGAGCGGCAGCGCGUAAAGUGCGUGAAUGAGGGCUACGCGCGCCUCCGCGGCCACCUCCCCGGAGCCCUAGCGGAGAAGCGGCUCAGCAAGGUGGAGACCCUGCGCGCCGCCAUCCGUUACAUCAAAUACCUGCAGGAGCUGCUGAGAGCCGCCCCCGACGGCGGCGAUCCACCUGCCGCCACCUCCCCGCCACCUGUCCGCACCGGCCAGGGCAACUCGCCGCAGCCCCCCUUCCGGGUGACGGAGUCCAGUGGGUCCUCCCCCUUCUCCCCCUCGCCUUUCUUGGAGUCGGAGGAACCCAGCCUUUGA